AUGUGUUCCCCCGGAGCCUGAGCUCCCCCGCCGCUGCCGUGCGCCGCACCGCCGAGUGCCAGCCCUCCUUGGCUCGGCGGCGCCGGCUCCGCUACCUGCCGCUCUCCUAACGUCACCAGCCUCCCUUAUAAAGCGCAGGAGAGACAGCGUCUCCCCGGCUCCGUAUCUUCCAGAGCCACAUCUUCAAGAAGUGAGCCGUGGAAAGAUGUUUUAUUCGGGUGUCCUGACGCAGCCGAGUAGAAAAGAAGUGGAAAUCAGGGAAGCGGCAUCUCUCCGCCAGCAGAGGAGGAUGAAGCAAGCAGUUCAGUUUAUUCACAAGGAUUCUGCAGAUCUCCUCCCUCUGGAUGGGCUGAAGAAGCUGGGCACUUCAAAAGAUACUCAACCCCAUAACAUCCUGCAGAAGCGCCUGAUGGAGACAAACCUGUCCAAGCUGCGAAGCAGCCGCGGAAGCUGGGCUGCCAAGAGCGAGAGCUCGGCACACCCCAACAAGCUCAGUCAAACCAAACUGGGCAGCUCAGGGACGACGGAGGAUGAGGAGGAGCUCAUUGUGGUGAGCUGCCAGUGUGCGGGGAAGGAGCUGAAGGCUGUGGUGGACACUGGCUCACAGCACAACUUCAUGUCAUCUGCCUGCCUGGACAAGCUAGGGUUAAAGGAGCAUCUUGGAGCACUCCCUGGUGAAGAUGAGAUGGUUUCAUUGCCCUGCAAGGUGAAGGUGAUUGGCCAGAUUGAGUGCCUCACUCUCACGGUGGGAGCAGUCCCUGUGGAGUGCACUGUCCUCGUUGUGGACAGCGAGAAACCCUUCUCCCUUGGGCUGCAGACACUGAGAGCUCUGAAGUGUGUCAUAAACAUGGAGAAGCACCAUCUUGUUCUGGGGAAGACAGAGAGGGAAGAAAUCCCCUUCGUGGGCAGUGGCAGCGCUGCAGUGGAAGAGCAGUAAGCUGGCUGGGGAGCAAUUCAGAAGCAUAAAGAGAGUUGACAUCAAAGAAAUCCUGUGCAGCUGCUCCAGAUGAAACAGCAGUGCCCUGCUUUGAAAACGUUUAUACUAGGCUACAGCUUGAGUAGAGCUAAAUGGAACCCUGUUCAGUAGCCAGUGACUUAGAGAUGUCGUCAUGUUUAGCCAUGGGUUUUGAGAAACAAACGUCUGCUUAUUUUCUGGACCUUUCUAUGGUGUUCUCUUUAUUACAAACAGUUGGGAAAACCUCAUGAAUUUCUCCUGAUGAGAAAAAUAUUUUUUAUAGUGGCCUCGAAAGAGAAACUGUAUUUAGCUGUGAUUAGAAGCUAUCAGAAUGAAAUUUUUAUUAAUGAUUUUUCCAGGGGCUAAGCAUUUCUAAUCACUUAAUUGAUAUUGACAGAUCCAAAUAGCCAUUACCAGGAAGUUACAGUAGAAUAACAAUGCUAAAACCACCUAGGAAUUAUAGCUCAUCCUGUUAGCAUAGUAUUGUUGCCAUGUAAUUAGGGAUGCAACCACUAGCUUGAUGAGAGAGCAAUUACAGAACUAUUAAUGGGUUAUAGGCUUCUCUACAGUGCUGUAGCAGUAGCACAGAAACAGGGUUUGGGAGGGUUCAUAGGGUCAUCUCCUGCAGCCCCCAACUCAUCAUGGGAUUGGCAGCAGCACAGGGACAGCCCAUCAUAGAGGGAUCCUCCAGGCAAGUCUCUGCUGCCUUCCUGGUGGAAGUAGUAAGGAAAUUGAGCCAAAAAGCAACAAACAAGCACAGGAGUGUGUUUUCUGGACAGCAGCACAGAGGGAGCCUUACUGGCAUAUCAGGAGGCCCCGGCGUGCCCCCAGCUCUCCCCUGUCGCUGGGACUGCCCAGUACCCAGCCUGAAGCACCAGCAGCACCCAGGUAAUAGGCUGGUGUGGUUUAUUGCCUGCAGUUGGACUUGUAUGUUGCUGCCAGCAAGGCCAUAUUUUUUGUAUCUGUUUGCAUGCACACUGACCUCUAUCACCCUCAGGGCAGGUGGGAGUUUCCACCAGGCAAACAUUUCAGCAGCAGGGUUGCUACUUCACAUGCUGCUUGCUUGCAGACCAGAGCAGAUGUACAGUGAUGUUUGGGGGAGCAUGGCCUUCUACAAUACCAGCUUUCUAGGUCUUUAAAAGCUAAUGGGUAUUACUUCCUCUCAUCUGCUGAAGAGGCAUCUUUAGAAUCACGAAGAGUACCCUGGGAUGUAGGGCGUCUGCUGAGGGCCAGUCUCCCUGCAGCCAGAUCCAUGAGGGCCAGUUGCAUGCCUCAGGACUGGGACUGCUGCUCCAGCAGCUCUGGCUUAGCAGAGGCCUUUUGGCUGGGGUCAGCACAGGCUCAGCACAGCUAAGCUGGGCUGCAGGUCUCCUGCGGGAUCUGAGCGGCUCCCUGCAGACCUUAACCACGCUGCUCACCAGACAUCCCGGCAUGGGCACUGCCUUCCCGCUUAGGAAAUGUCUCAGCAGUCCUGGGCAAGGACCAGUAACUCUUGUCACCUCACGGCCAUCAGCUUGGGUCUAGAGCCUGUCCCACAAACUAGGCUUCUGCUAGCUUUAGCCAGUCUAUGCCCAGUGAUGCCAUCUCAUGCUUGCCACCCGUCUAAGCUAGAGCUUUUUCUCCUGCCGUGGGUUUGAACCUCUUUUCAAUAUUGGGUAUGAGUAGCAAAUCCAAACUACCUGUAAUUUGGAGCUAUUUUCUAUUUUGGUGAUAAGUUUCAGUGCUUUCUCUACAGACAGUAUUUUAUAUAACACAGCUAUCUAUAGCUAUAUAUAUCUCUCUAUAUCUAUUUACAGUGCCGAGCUGCCCAGGGCAGUCCCAGCCAUGUGUUGCAGAAAUAUUUCAUUGAGUAUGAAAUAGAUUUUGUUAUUUUCUAUGCUCUAAGUUUGGUAUUUUUGGUACUUUCUUUCUGUGCUUAUUACUGUGCUAAAUGUCAAAUGAAGUCUAAAUAAAGUUUUGUUGUUACUGCAGUUUGUUUGCUCCAA